UCUUCUUCUUCUUCUUCUUCUCUAUGAAUUCCAUUGCCUCUGUCAACCCUUUGCUUCGAGGUAAUUCAACCUUCACCAAUCCAUCUCCUUAAAAAUCCAAUCUUUAUUUGAUGCCCAUCACCCAAACCCCUCCACCUUCAUAUCUCACCACCAAGCCCUUUGCUUUUCGAAGCCCUAGUAUCUCCCCUCAAAACCCAUCAAUGAUGUCAGCCACUCUCUUGAGAAGCCUCACCUCAAGAACCCAGAACCUCCCCCUUAAACCCCUUCUUGGGUUUUAUCAAAGAUCGAAUUUUGAUCAAAAAUUGAAGCCCAUUUUGGUCAGUUCCUGCUCCGCUUUGGUGGGUUCUUGCAGAAAUGAUCAUAUCCACAAGCCAUGUUUUGGUUCGUUGAACCGAGUUGAUUUUGGGGUCAGUGAGUUUUGCCCCAAAGGGUAUGCUAGUGUAGCUGAGGCGGUUUCGGUUUCGUCCUCCACUGAUGCAUCAUCUACUGAUGUUGAGGAGGAGGUUUAUGUUGUUGAUGAGCUUCAGGUGAUAUUGAAGGAGAUGAAGAAGGAGGAUAGGAGGCAGGCACAGCAUACUAGGCGGUGCUGGAAAGCUAGGGAGAGAGGAAUGGAGGAAGGCAAGUACUUGAUGCUUAAGAGGAGGCAGAUAAAGAUUGAGACUGAAGCGUGGGAGGCGGCGGCCAAGGAGUACAGGGAGCUUUUGAUGGAUAUGUGUGAGCAGAAGCUGGCACCCAAUUUGCCUUAUAUGAAGUCUUUGUUCCUUGGUUGGUUUGAGCCAUUUUGUAAUGCCAUUACAAAGGAGCAGGACUUGUGCCUCGAAGGGAAGAAUCACACGGCUUAUGGUCCAUAUAUGGUUAAGUUACCGGCGGAUAUGAUGUCGGUUAUUACAAUGCAUAAGUUGAUGGGGUUGCUUAUGACCGGCGAGCAUGGUAGUUGCAGGCUUGUAGCUGCUGCUUGCGCCAUUGGUGAAGCCAUAGAGCAAGAGGUUAGAAUACACAACUUUUUGGAGAAGACGAAAAAGAAAAAGGUUGGUAAAGAUCAGGAAUCUGGAGAAUCCGGAGAGUCUGAUGCUGUAAUCAUGGAAAAUGAGAAGCUAAAUAAAAAGGUCACGAAUUUGAUGAAAAAACAAAAAUUGCUAGCAGUGAGGCACAUAGUCAGUGGACAUGAUGAUUCGAAACCCUGGAGCCAGGAAAUAAGGGCCAAGGUUGGCAGUCGUUUGAUUGAAUUGCUGACCCAAACAGCUUUUAUACAACCUCCUGCUGAUCAGUUAGGGGAUGGUUCAUUUGAUAUACAACCUGCAUUUGUACACACGUUUAGGACUAUGGGCAACGAUGCAAAGAAAGCUACUAGCAAAAGAUAUGGUAUUAUUGAAUGUGAUCCUCUUGUUCUCAAAGGCCUUGAGAGAAGUGCAAGGCACAUUGUGAUUCCUUAUAUGCCCAUGUUGGUACCCCCGCUCGAUUGGACAGGUUAUGACAAAGGAGGGCACUUCUUCUUACCGUCAUACAUCAUGCGCAUUCAUGGAGCUAAACAGCAGCGUAUAGCACUUAAAAGGACCCCCAGGGAACAACUGGAACCAGUUUUUAAGGCCCUGGACACGCUUGGGGAUACCGCAUGGAGGAUUAAUAAGAAGGUACUUCAUGUUGUAGAUAGAAUAUGGACAUCUGGAGGUCGUCUUGCUGAUUUGGUGGACCGAAGUGAUGUUCCUUUACCAGUGAAACCAGAUACUGAAGAUGAAACAUUGCUUAAGAAGUGGAAGUGGAGACUGAACUCUGUGAGGAAAGAGAACAAGGAGAGACAUUCACAGCGUUGUGACAUAGAACUUAAACUAACUGUAGCACGGAAAAUGCAGGAUGAAGAAAGAUUUUACUUUCCACACAAUCUUGACUUUCGGGGCCGUGCCUAUCCUUUGCACCCAUACUUAAACCAUCUCGGUUCAGAUCUUUGUCGGGGUAUUUUAGAAUUUGCACAGGGACGCCCUCUUGGAAAGUCAGGCUUACGUUGGCUGAAGAUACAGAUAGCAAAUCUAUAUGCUGGUGGUGUGGACAAAUUAUCCCUUGAGGGUCGACUAUCAUUUACUGAGAAUCAUUUGGAUGAUAUAUAUGAUUCAGUGGACAGACCACUAGAAGGAAAGCGAUGGUGGUUGAAGGCAGAAGAUCCAUUUCAGUGCCUGGCUGUGUGCAUUGACCUCACUGAAGCUUUACGAAGCUCUUCUCCAGAGACAUUUAUCUCACAUAUUCCUGUACAUCAGGAUGGCUCUUGCAAUGGCUUACAACAUUAUGCCGCCCUUGGAAGGGACAAGUUGGGAGCAGCCGCUGUCAAUCUGGUUGCAGGAGAGAAACCUGCAGAUGUUUACUCAGGAAUAGCUGCUAGGGUUUUGGAUAUCAUGAAGACUGAUGCACAGAAGGAUCCUGAAGUUUAUCCUGAUGCAUUGCAAGCAAGGAUUUUAGUUAAUCAGGUGGAUAGGAAGUUGGUAAAGCAGACAGUAAUGACAUCAGUUUAUGGUGUCACUUAUAUUGGUGCUCGGGAUCAAAUUAAAAGGAGGUUGAAGGAACGUGGUGCCAUUUUAGAUGAUGAUCAAGUCUUUGGUUGUGCUUGUUAUGCUGCAAAGGUCACCUUAACUGCUUUGGGGGAGAUGUUUGAAGCUGCUCGAAGUAUCAUGAGCUGGCUUGGAGAUUGCGCAAAAAUAAUUGCAUCUGAAAAUGAGACAGUACAAUGGACAACUCCACUUGGACUUCCAGUUGUGCAACCUUACCGAAAAAAAGGAAGGCAUCUUGUUAAAACUUCCCUUCAAUAUUUGACAUUACAACGAGAAACAGAUGAGAUCAUGGUUAGGAGGCAGAGGACAGCAUUCCCACCAAAUUUUGUUCAUUCCCUCGAUGGUUCUCAUAUGAUGAUGACUGCGGUUGCCUGUAAAAAGGCAGGCUUAAACUUUGCAGGAGUUCAUGACUCGUAUUGGACACACGCUUGUGAUGUGGAUGUAAUGAACAUGAUACUUAGGGAAAAGUUUGUCGAGCUAUAUGAGACUCCAAUACUGGAGAGAUUGUUGGAGAGCUUCGAGCGGUCCUUUCCCACAUUAACAUUUCCGCCCUUACCCGAGCGGGGUGACUUUGAUAUAAGGGACGUUUUAGAGUCACCUUAUUUCUUUAACUAAUAGGCGCAGAGUUAUCUUCAAUUUAGUUAACCUGAUCCUUGAUUAGCAUUCUACUUCUGGUGUUCACUCGACAUAUGUGAAAAAGUUCAAAAGAAAUUAAGCAUGUCGAAUGAGAAGUUUGGCAUUGACUCCCUGCAUGAUGCACAUAGUUUGCUUGAAGAAUCGAGGGAGUCCAGAUUCAGUAUCACACCAGCGCCACUUCAUUCUUCAUGUACAGCCGCAUUUGAAUGGUUCCUGGAUCCAUGCAUAUGUUCAGUAGAAGUGAGCAAAGCUUGAUACAUCAGACAAGCAACUGUGAGGAAUCUGCGAAACAAAGAUUCUACCCACACGUUUAUACUUCUCAACGAUUUAGAUUCUUGUGAAGUAUCGAAAGCCUUGCGGCAGAUUGAAGAAUAUACAGUGGACUGCUGGAUUCAGGAGGUUGAUUAACCUGAGCGGGCUUGCAGCUUCCCACUGCAACCAUACCGCCCUAAUGUUUAUAAUGUAUCUUCUUCCCCUGUAAACUCCAGUGACAACAGAUUCUUAUCCGGUCC